AUGACGAGCCCAGUCACCAAUGUGCGGCGCUCCAUCUUCGGCUCUGUCAAGGACAAGUUCCUAGGCAGUGGCAAGAAAUCGAGAUCGCCCAGCCCGAAUCCUUUUGCCAGCCCAGAGCAGAUACAGCCCCCGUCACCCGUGUCGCCGUAUCAGUCCCACGCCAGCCCCGUAUUCCCCCCUCCAGCUGAACUGCAGGGCGAAAAUGAAGUCCCGCCUCCCCCGUACACAGAGAGCACGCGGCGCACUGCCCCGAACACGCCGGCCAUCGUCCUGAGUAGCCCGCGAUCGCAGCGCGGAGUAUCGCCAGCGCCGUCGGCCGGCUCGGGCAUCUCGAUGGCGAGUAUCUCGUCGCCCGAUGACAAGUACGGGUUCCUGAGCAUAUUCGACACCAAAUUCCUGAUCGACGAUAGCGGGUCGAUGGCGGGGGCCCCGUGGCGCGAGGUCAAGGAAGUGCUCCGGACCAUCACAUCUAUCUGCACGGAGCGUGACUCAGACGGCAUCGACGUGUACUUCCUCAACGCGCGCAACCGUCGAUGCGAUGACGGCACCGGCGGCUUCAAAAACAUCAAGCGGCCCGAGGAAGUCGAGGAGCUGUUCCGUAGGGUCCACCCCGGCGGACACACGCUAACAGGCACGCGCAUCAACGACAUCCUUAAGCCGUGGAUGCGGGAAUACGCAGAAUCAUUGGUCAAGGAGCGUGACCAGCGCAACGGCGACACUCGCAACAGCAAUAAUAUCAAGCCCGUCAAGCCCGUCAAGCCCGUCAACAUGAUCGUCAUCACGGAUGGCGCGCCGCAAGACGAUCCCCGGAGCGUCAUCGUUAGCGUUGCCAAGAAGCUCGACGUCCUCGAAGCCCCACCCUACCAGGUCGGCAUCCAAUUCUUCCAGGUCGGCAACGAGGAAACUGCCGCCACGGCUCUCAAGGAGCUCGACGACAACCUGGGAAAGAAGUACGAUGUCCGCGACAUCGUCGACACCGUCACCUGGGACCAUGACUCCGGCCCUCACGUUCUGACGGCCGAAAGCAUUCUCAAAGUAGUCCUGGGUGCAGUCAACAAGCGCUAUGACGACAGACCAACGCGCGGCGAGUCUAGCCGUCCAGAGAUGCUCUCCCCGCGACGGCGAUAA